AUGUCUAUAACUGUUAUUGAUAACUCUCUUCGCGAUAUCACCGUUCAAUUCACAUAUGCCGAUGGAUCACAAUCGCCAAUGACGGCUUUUGUCGACACGGACACGCAAUAUUUCACGAUUAGCGGUUCACAAGUCUCUGGUCCAGGCGCAAUCACUCUCACUGUUUAUGAUGGAUCCGGGGCAAAUAUGCAAACAUUCCCAUCGGGAUCAACGAGGGCUCAUUGGUUUGGUGAUGGAUCGGUCACUUACGUGGUUGAUCCAAAUUUGAGGCCAAUUCCAUGGGGUCGAACGGAUCUUUUGUGUUUCUUUGGUGAAUGCGGAUUGUGG